UGAGCAGGACGCGCGCACACUCGCUUGCUAAGGACCGUAAAAUCGGAAUCGAUCAAACUAGCUCAAAACGUGGUGUUUCAUGUUACCCAAUAACUUGAUAUACUGUAUCUGCAAAUCAAAUUUAGAGAUUGUGUAGUACAUGGGCCAAUUAACAAUAUCUUGUAUAACCUAUAAAAACAGCUGAGCAACUUGUAUAGUCGCGAAAUGCAUCUCCAGUGUAUUUUCUAGACUGUCAAAAUAAGCGGACAUCUGUUUUCAGCACAAUGUGUUCCAUUAUUUUUAAACGACUAUUGCCGUAUGGUCUCAACAACACACCAUCCAGAGGAUAAAUUAAGAUUAUUUGCACUGAAAGGUCUUGGCUCCUUACAAAUUUUGCCUGCUUGACCCUCUCCAAGAGAGGCCGGUGCAUGUCUCCACUCUUCAUCCUGCUCCUCCUCCUCGCUGAGGCAUGGAGCUUUACAGCUCCCAAGGAAAAGCCGAACGUGUUUGCACAAAAACCCUGUCCAGCGAUCCUGAUCUUCUUCAGCGUUGCCUACCAGGCGGGGGCAACGGUGGAGUUGCCCUGCCACUGCAAACCUGAAGAAGUCCAGUCAGUGGUUUGGUUCUUCAGGGAGCACCACUCUUACACAGAAGACACCAGAGCCCUGUGCGAUAACAAUGGGACCAUGUUGCUGGACUCCACUCAAAUCACCCACAGCAGUGACCUGCGAAGUCGCUUCUCAAUUCGUCUCUUCAGUCUGCUGAUCUUUCGAACGGCUGUGGAGGACUCGGGUCUUUAUAUCUGCGGGUCAGCCCAGGGGGACUACUUCUAUGCUUACGAUCUUGACAUCCAAGAGGUGCAGGAGCUCAGCUUCGCGUCACGGCUGACUCCUGAAAAUAUGAGCAACUCUGUUGAAGAAUUCAGAGGAAAACAUUCUGGUUUGCUGCUCUACCAAAUUUUCACCACUUUCCAUCCGUGGUCACAAUGCGACCGCUGUGGCGUGCAAGGUGAGCAGGUCCGAGUGGGGCUCUGCUACAUCCGCUCACGUUACCUGCACGUGCGAUUCAAGCGAUCCCACCAGUCGAUAGCAUCCUGCGGCUCAGGGGCGGUACCACAGGCAUUCGGUCAACUGAAGCAUAGCGGAGCCAGACUGGAGUUCAGAGACUGUAAUGUGUCUUGUCCAAUUGAAGCUCCGCCCACUUCCAAAGUGGGUAAAAAGACGGGACUCAAGAAAUUUUUUCAACAGAGUAGUUCUGAUGACAUGAAGGAACCGGCGAUAAAGGUUUCUUACCUAAACCAUCCAGCAGAGCAAAUCCUAAUCGUUGGCUGCCCGGAGGCUCAGACAUACAUGGCGGUAGCGUGGGACAAAGGAUCUGAGCCCAUUUAUCGCUCGCAGACUACGACAGAGGGCACGUUUCCGAGGAUUCGUAUUGAUGCUGGACAUCAUCUGGUCUUCACCCCUGCUCAAAUUGAGGAUUCGGGUGUUUUCUACUGCUGGCUGAAGGGACGCCGUGUGGCUGAGAUAAACCUGCUGGUCUACCCCCAUUUUGGGGCGCAUAUGCCCGUCACAUCAAAUCCAGACUUGCCCUUGGCCUUGAGAACCAUUUUGAAAUCAUAUGGCGCCAUGACGGCAGCCUUUUGUCUAGUCAUCUCCCUUCGAGGAUGCAUAAGAUACCGGUGGGGGAAGACGAUCAGGUGACACAUUAUUGUUAACAUUUAUUUGUACUCAAUCAAUAUUAGACUCUGCAAACUGGUACAGUGUGUCUAGCAACACCGUCCAAUUGGUCCACAUUCAUUGCCUUAAGCACUUGAUUCCAAGAGCUUGAACCUUCUCCACCUUAACUCUUUUCCAACGCUCU